AUGUCAAUUUUUACCCGUUUGGAAAAGAAGAAACGGCCCGCGAUGAUGAAUCAAAUGGCUCAAAAUUGUUUACAGGCCUUUCGCCAAGUCCUCGUGGAGGUAUCCCCAACAAAUGUGGUCAAAAAGGUAAGCAGCGGUAGCAAUUUUACUAGGCCAAACCUUUUUUUGCUUUUCUCUUGCUAAACUCUCCGAAAUUUCUGUUUUUACACUUUUUCAAAAAAUUUUUUCGAUGAUCCAAAAGUACUUGUAAACAUUUUAAAAGUACAUCUACAGUAAAGAUAUAAAGUUCAAAUUUUCUUUGUGUUAAGAAACUUGACCAUCACACAAUUCUUUUUAACUUUUUGCUGUAAAAGUUAAAGUUACUUUUUACCCUCAUUUAUCAUUGUAAUUAUCUUCCGAUUCUACUUUAAUUCACAAUACUUUGUCUUUUCCUUUUAUCGGACCCAAGUUCAGACAUUUUGAUUAACGUGGAAAACGAAAAGUUCAAUUUUGGAACGUUUUUCUUUUGAUUUUAGCCAAUUCCCUGCAAAAAAGCGCCUGACUCUCUUUUUUGCAGGCUCUGAUUCUGAAUGGAGACGUUUUACGAGUCCGCAAUUGCACUUAUCAGCUCAAUAAUAACGUAAAGUUGGUCGGCGUGGGCAAGGCAGCACAUGACAUGAUCGUCGGCGCCGAGCAUGUCCUUGGAGGGCAUGUGCAAGAGGGGAUCGCUGCUGUCCCAAUCGGCACAAAGUAAAUAUUACCGGUUUGCUAAAAGAAUUUAUAAAACAGGCAUAAGGCUUCGUAUUUUACUCAAACAUUGUGUCUAUGAAAGCAUUGCAGAUCAGAUUUAGGCAAUUUUCGGUAUUAUCCUCGAGACCUAAACUCAUCAUGAACAGGAACGAAAAAUUCCCGAAUACUUCAUCACAAAUUUAAAAGAUAUCUUUCUAGUUGCAGUUUACCAUAUACAAAAUCCCUAUGGGGCUCUAUGUCGUAAUCCCUGAUCAAUUAGGAACCCGCAGCAUAAUGCCAAGCCACGCCAAAUCACUUUUUUGAAUUGUUAGCUUCUGAAACACAGUUAGCCCGACUUCCUGAAGUCAAAACCGGUAGACAAAAGUAUCGUCGAACGCACAGAAGACACUAAAAAAACUCAAAAUUUUCAGAGUAUCGCCCGGUUUAAAAACACGAUUCCUUCAAGGUGCCAAGGACAAUUUACCAGAUCAAGCCUCUCUCGAUAACACACAAGAAAUCAUCAAAUUCAUUGAGAACUGCGAUCACAAAGCCGAUAAGAUAUUUCUAUUUCUCAUAUCAGGUAAAAUUUCCAGAAAAUAAGGGAUUAUAUCACUCUGCAUGCAUAGAAUCAGCGGAAGUAAUAAACCUUCAAGAUGAUGACUAAAACAGUGUUUCAGGUGGAGCAUCGGCCUUACUUAGCGCUCCAGUAGCUGGAAUAACCCUGGAAGAUAAGUAUCAAACAAUAAGACUAAUGGCUUCACAUGGGUUGGAUAUCAAAGAGAUGAACACAGUGCGGAUAGCAUUGUCCGAGGUCAAAGGAGGUGGAUUAGCGAGGAAACUGGGGCCAGCUAAGGUAAAGCUACGUCCUAUAGAAUUAAAGACCAAUAUCUUACCACAUAGACCCAUUUACCGCUAAUUUUUAUAUUACUUUAGGGCAUCUCCUUGAUCAUGUCAGACAUUGUUGGUGGAGAAAUUGACAAAGUUGGCAGUGGUCCUACAGUUCUGCAAAGCCGAAACCUCACAGAAGCUGCCAGAAUCCUCGACACUCGAGGUCUUUGGGAUCAACUCCCAUCGACUGUCCGUGAAGCUCUCCAGAAACCAGAGAAAAUCCUUUCGGACGACGGAAUUCAAAUACAAAACGAGCUCAUUUCGGACAACCAACUACUUCUACAAUCGAUAAAGAGCAAUCUCGAAGGACAAGGGAUCCCAACAGUAAUUGUAAAUCAUGCAUUGGAGGGGAAUGCAAAAAAUGUUGGAGAGAAAUUCGCGGAAUUUGUAGAGAAGUGGGACAACGGCAACGAGAUUAAGCCUCCAUUCGGUCAAUUCAACCUCAAAAUUCAACCGGGAGGAGCGUCGUUGGCUCUAUUAUACGGUGGAGAGACCACCGUAUCCUUUCCGAAGAUCCUCGAAAAAGAGAACCCCAAAGGCGGAAGGAAUCAGGAAAUGGUCCUAGCCUUCCUUUACUACCUCAAGAAGUCCAAAAUGCUGCAAGAAAAGAGAUUUGUCUUCAUGAGCCUCGGGUCGGAUGGUCAGGACGGACCCACCGACGCGACUGGAGCCUACAUUUGCUCCGAAGAUAUCACUGCCGAGGGCUGCGAUGAAGACGAGAUCGAGUUCUGUCUAGACAACAAAAACUCCUAUGAGUUUUGGAGCAACUUUUUGGGCGGCGAUCGCUUGGUCAAAACAGGGAAAACGGGAAAUAAUCUCAUGGAUGUACAGCUUCUCAUUCUGGCAUGA